AUGCAAUCGAAGGAGAAGAACAAAAACUCGGGCAAGGACACGAAGAAGACGGCCGGAUCGAAGGAAAAGAAAGCGGGCGGCUCAAAAGAGAAGAAGGCGGGCGGCGGCGCGUCGAAGGAGAGCAAGGCGUCCAAGGAGGGAAAGCAUAAAGUCGAAGUCGAGAAGAAAUCGCCCGGAAACGACGAGCCAAAAGCCGACGACAAACCGAAGGAGGAGAAGCCGAAAACGGACGAUGAAAAGGAUACAAGCAAGUCCGAGUCGGACCCGAAGUCCGACAGGUCGGACGAGUCGGUGAAGACGGAGAGACAACCCAAGAAGUCCAUCAUGCAGAAGCUCGUCGGCGUCUUCAAGAAGAAGCCGGCCGCCGGUAAAUUGGCGGUGAGAGAGGGAAUGUUGACUGGGACCAGCCGGACUCAUGCCGCCCGGCACGCUCAACCCACGCCACAAGACAAAGCCCUGGAAACUGAUGGAGCUAAGAGCCCGGAGACGCAGCUCCAGCACUCGACGGUGUCGCCCGGCCAGAAGUUAGCAGCAGUUCUGAGAAGUUCCGAGAAC